GAGCGGCGGCGCGGGCGGGGCUCCGUGCGGGCACCGGGCAGCGCUGCCCCGCCGGUCCCCGCGCCCGGCACGGGGGAGGGCAAAAACACAGCCUUGCGAGGGGCUCGGUGCAGUUCGGUGCUUCCCUCCUGCAUGCUCGGAUGGGCAGGGAGAGGAGCUGUCCCCUGGAGAGCGCAGCAUCUUCCCUCUCCUAUUUGAGCGGGCACCCGUGAGCGCUGGCAGCAGCGAGGGGCUGUCGCUUUUGGGAUGAGCGGGCAGGAGGACUAAGAAGAUUUUGCUCACUGUAGGAGCCAGAGAGGCUUGGAUUUGUCAGAGGGAAAUGCUGCAGCAUGAACCCACCGCCGCCUAGAGAGACGGGCUCGCACCGCCCCGGCGCCGCUGCCUGAGCCAGCCCCGGAGCAACCGUCCGACCGGGAGCCCGCACCGGGAGCAGCCCAGCCCAGCCGCUCGCCGCCCGGCCCCGGCGGGAUGCGCUCGCCGCCGCCUUCAUGCCGGCAGGGGGGACGCUGAACCGCCGCUCCGCCCGGCCCGGAGCCACCCACGUGCGGUCCCCGGUGAAGGCGGCCGGAGGCGCCCAGGGCGGGCCCCGCUGAGCGUUUCGCCGCAGGAGCCAGCGGCAGCCCCCGGCGUGGCGGCGGGUCCCGCCCGGCGGCCGCGAUCCGGUGCCCCAUGGUGGUGCUGCGGAAGCUGCCGGGCAUGCCGGGCUGGCCGGCGGCGCUGGGGCUGCGGCUGCCGCAGAAGUUCCUGUUCCUGCUCUUCCUCUCGGGCCUGCUCACGCUCUGUUUCGGGGCCCUCUUCCUCCUGCCCGAUUCCUCCCGCUUCAAGCGCCUCUUCCUACCCCGCCGGGCCACCGCCUCCGCCUCCUCUUCAUCCUCCGCCUCCUCGUCCUCAGCCUCCUCCUCCUCCACCCGCGACACCGAGCUGCCCCGCAGCCCCCCCGCCGCCGCCGAACCCCGCCACGCCAGCCCCGCCGCCCCGCGCCGCCUGCGGGAGAAGCUCCGCACGGCCGCCCGCAUGGCCGGGCCGCCGGCCCGCACCGCGCCCGGCUCCCGGCAGCAGGUGCAGGGCGGCGAGAGCCGAGCCCAGCCCGCCAGCGGCGUGCCCCCGGCCCGGGAGACGCGGGCCCCGUUCCGCUUUGACUACGAGCGGUUCCGCCGGAGCCUCCGGCACCCGGUGCGGGGCGGGCGGACCGGAGAGGACCCCGAGACCCGCGCCCGCAGGAUGAAGAUCAAAGAGGCAACCUUCACCUGGCUUCACCUCACGGCAUCGGCUCCCCUCAGGUGUGUGUGCCCUCGGCCUGCCCGUACAGCCAUGUCCCCAUCAGACCUCGCCUCCCCUCAGAUGAUGAAGUUUGCCUGGGAUAACUACAAGCAGUAUGCCCUGGGGAAGAACGAGCUGCGCCCGCUGACCAAGAACGGCCACAUUGGGAACAUGUUUGGAGGCCUUCGAGGAGCAACUGUGAUAGAUGCCUUAGAUACCCUCUACAUCAUGGAGCUCGAGGAGGAAUUCCAGGAAGCCAAGCAGUGGGUGGAGAAGAGCUUUGACUUGAACGUGAACGGAGAAGCUUCCCUGUUCGAGGUGAACAUCCGCUACAUCGGGGGGCUCCUGGCCACCUACUACCUGACUGGAGAGGAGGUGUUCAAGAGCAAAGCUCUGGAACUCGGAGAGAAACUUCUGCCAGCCUUCAACACCCCCACUGGAAUCCCACGUGGAGUCAUCAACCUGGGCAGUGGCAUGAGCUGGAGCUGGGGCUGGGCAUCCGCUGGAAGCAGCAUCCUGGCAGAAUUUGGGACCCUGCACCUGGAGUUCCUGCACCUCUCCGAGCUCUCUGGCAACCCAGUGUUUGCAGAAAAGGUGAUGAACAUCCGCAGGGUGCUCAGCAGAGUGGAGAAGCCGCAGGGCCUGUACCCCAACUUCCUGAGCCCGGUGACGGGGAGCUGGGUGCAGCACCACGUCUCCAUCGGGGGGCUCGGGGACAGCUUUUAUGAAUAUCUCAUCAAGUCUUGGCUGAUGUCAGACAAGAAGGAUUCUGAAGCUAAAAAGAUGUACGACGAUGCCUUGGAGGCAAUAGAAAAGCAUUUGGUGAAAAAAUCUGCAGGAGGCUUGACCUACAUCGCCGAGUGGAGGGGUGGCAUCCUGGAUCACAAGAUGGGCCACUUGGCCUGCUUCUCUGGGGGCAUGAUUGCCCUGGGGGCCGAGCACAGCACGGGGGAGAGGAGGCAGAGGCACAUGGAGCUGGCAGCAGAGAUCACCAGCACCUGCCACGAGUCCUACGCACGCUCAGAUACCAAGCUGGGCCCCGAGGCGUUUCGCUUUGACGCGGGGAGCGAGGCCAUGGCCACACGGCUCAGCGAGCGCUACUACAUCCUGCGGCCCGAGGUGGUGGAGAGCUACAUGUACCUCUGGAGGCUCACCCACGACCCCAAGUACAGGCACUGGGGCUGGGAGGUGGUCCAGGCCCUGGAGAAGCACUGCAGGGUGGAAGCUGGCUUCUCUGGCAUCCGAGACGUGUACAGCACCACGCCCAGCCACGACAACAUGCAGCAGAGCUUCUUCCUCGCAGAGACUCUGAAGUACCUCUAUCUUCUGUUCUGUGAAGAUGACGUGCUGUCCCUGGAGGAUUGGGUGUUCAACACCGAGGCUCAUCCCCUGCCCAUCAACCACACGGACUUUAAAGCAGCAGGGCAGCCCUGAGGCCCCUGCCCAGCUCCUGCUCCCCCAGCCUGGGCAGACUCUGCUUUUCCUUUCCAGUGAGGGAAUUCCUGUUGUUCCUGAAAUGGUAUUUUGGGGCACUAGUCCAAUUCCGGACAGUAUUUUCUUGGGAAGAUGAACCAUGACUAAGCACCUUCUUUUCCUCUGUGAGGAGCUCUAUUAGGCUGCUGAUGAGAUGUUUAUUCUGGGCCAUACUGUACACAGUUCAUAGGCAUUCCUUUAUACAGAGAAUUUAUAUGAAAUCCACUGAUUUUGCUUUAUAGUGGCCAAAGGACUGGAAGUUUGCCAUAAAAUAGACCUUACACACACACAUACCCUCACAUCCUCCUUUCCUUUCUCCGGUUCAUUUCUGCCUUUUAUCUGCUCUUGGAUUUAUCACCUUUCCAGAGAAGAGUUCUCAGUGUUCUGGGCUUUCUGGUGCUGGGCUUUGGGGGCUCUUCAGGAGAAUGAGGAAGGGGAGUUAUCCUUGGUGUGGGAGAGCAGCUGGAAUUCUUGGGGAUGGCUGAGGAGCCAGCUGAGAGCUCAGGAGUGAAGAGAGGACAGGGAAAGGUGAUGUUUUAGUGGGAAAAUAAGAGGAUCAGACCCUCCACAGACAGGAGCAGCUUCAGGUUGGAAUUUGCAGAUUUCAGGGGGGCACUUGAAGCACCCUGAUCCCUGCUGGAGGGGUAACUCAGCAGGACAGAAGCAAUCCAGGAGGCUCCUGGAGUGGAUUGGUGAUAAAUUCCUCCUCCAAGGGACACAGGAGCCAACAGAGGGGCUCUGCUGAGGCCAGAACGAGAUCCAAGGCUGCAGUGGCCAUGGAUGGUGAGUUCAGGAUCCUGAGGGCAGGAGGGAGGGGGGAAAGCUCCACCCUGGGCUGCAGCAGAGCACACCUGGACCUCUCCAGAAGGACAGGUGACACAGCCCAGGUGGCUCUGCCUGAGCAGGGACUGGGACAGGGGCACCCCAGAGGUCCCCUCCAGCCUCAGCCAUUCUGUGACUCUGUGGUGUCACAGCUGUAACUAAACCAAAACUUGGCUGCAAAAUCCUUGCUCCUGAUGUAUUUUUAUAUACUUUUUUUCUGUGCUCUUAAAACACAUUUACCACCCAUCACAUCUCGUUUAACUUUCCUUUAUCUUUUUUUUUGUGUGUGUGUUUUUCUACUUUUAUUUGGAACUAAAUGUUACGAGUCACUUGUAAUAAUUUUACUGCUGUAAUAGUCAGAUCUGUGAAACAGAAUAAAAGUCUUGUAAAAUAAAAA